GGCGCCGCGCCUGCGCAGAGCGCGCGGGCCGGCGGCGUGCGUGUUGUUGUGCGGCGGCGGCAAGAUGGCGGCGCACGGGGGCUCUGCGGCCUCCUCGGCGCUGAAGGGGUUAAUCCAGCAGUUCACCGCCAUCACGGGUGCCAGUGAAAGUGUGGGAAAGCAUAUGCUUGAAGCAUGCAACAAUAAUCUGGAGAUGGCUGUCACCAUGUUUCUGGAUGGUGGAGGCAUAGCAGAGGAGCCUAGCACCAGUUCUGCAGGGGUGUCUGCUGUUCGACCGCACACUGAGGAUGAAGUACGAGCUCCAAUUCCUCAAAAACAGGAAAUUUUAGUAGAGCCUGAGCCCUUGUUUGGAGCUCCUAAAAGACGCAGACCUGCGCGCUCAAUAUUUGAUGGCUUUCGGGAUUUUCAAACAGAAACCAUUCGACAGGAACAGGAGCUACGAAAUGGAGGGGCAGUAGAUAAGAAACUCACUACUCUAGCAGACCUCUUCAGGCCUCCCAUUGAUCUGAUGCACAAAGGCAGCUUUGAAACAGCCAAGGAGUGUGGUCAGAUGCAGAACAAAUGGCUCAUGAUAAACAUUCAGAAUGUGCAAGAUUUUGCGUGUCAGUGUCUCAACCGCGAUGUCUGGAGUAAUGAGGCUGUGAAGAACAUAAUCCGGGAACAUUUCAUUUUUUGGCAGGUAUACCAUGACAGUGAGGAAGGGCAGAGGUACAUACAGUUUUAUAAAUUAGCAGACUUCCCUUACGUCUCCAUCCUGGAUCCCAGGACAGGCCAGAAACUAGUGGAGUGGCACCAGCUAGACGUGACUUCUUUCUUGGACCAAGUGACUGGGUUCCUGAGUGAGCAUGGACAGCUGGAUGGCCAUUCUACUAGCCCUCCCCAAAAAUGCUCUCGUUCAGAGAGUCUCAUUGAUGCCAGUGAGGACAGCCAGUUGGAAGCUGCUAUCAGAGCCUCGUUACAGGAGACUCAUUUUGAUUCCUCACAGGCCAAGCAGGAGAGUCGGUCAGAUGAGGAGUCAGAGUCGGAGCUUUUUUCUGGAAGCGAAGAGUUUAUUUCAGUUUGUGGAUCUGAGGAGGAGGAGGAAUCAGAGAAUCCUGCCAAGUUGAGGAAGUCUCCGCAUAAGGACUUGGGGUAUAAAAAAGAGGAGAGCCGGAGGCCUCAGCCUGAGCCCCCUGCAAGGACUGAGCCUGGGACAACAUCAAAUCACAGAGUACUGCCCUGCAUUGAUGCAGAGAUACUGGAGGAGUCAACAGACAAGCCUGAGAGUACAUUUCAGGGCCUAGAUGUGAAUGGACCAAAGGCACAGCUGAUGCUAAGGUAUCCAGAUGGAAAGAGGGAACAAAUUUCACUGCCCGAACAAGCUAAACUUCUGGCUCUUGUGAAACAUGUCCAGUCAAAAGGAUACCCCAAUGAACGCUUUGAACUUCUCACCAACUUCCCUCGAAGGAAACUCUCCCGCCUGGACUAUGAGAUCACAUUACAGGAGGCAGGCCUGUGUCCUCAAGAGACUGUCUUUGUGCAGGAAAGGAAUUAGCACGGUGGCCUGAGUUCUCCCAGCCUUCCUCCCCUCUCCUCUUUGCCUGGGACACCAAUUCAUUAAAUAUGCAGUUGAGGGUCAUAGGAUUGCAGUGCUGAAAUCAGGCAGGCAGCUGGCUGGCCCUUCUCUUUCUUCUUCCCUUCUCCUGCUCUAGUGACCAAAUGAGAGCGUUCAGAGUUUUAUUUUCUUCCUCAGCUUGGGCCCUGCAGAGAGCAUUAGGAAGAACAUCUUUCCAUUGUUUUCAUGGAAUAAAGUAAAACGAUGAUCUGUGUAUCCAGUAUGCUGGGGCUUGGAGUGGCCAUAAUAUACAUACCCUUCUCGCUGCUAUUCUUAAAUCUGUUUUGUUUAAUUUAUUUUUGAAAAUAGUGUGUGAUAAGGCACUGUGUCAUCUGUCUAUAAGGAGAGAGUGUAAUCUUCAGUACAGUCUUUCCUUUGUUUUGAUUCUCUCCACGAAAGGUCUCCAUUAACCUUACAGCCUUCUCAAGGGUUCACUUAUCUAGCGCUCUGCAAAAACUUGGUUUUGGGGAAGGAGUUGGGUUGAGCUGUGGUGAGAUACUCUGCCCCCAUCUAAUUUCAAGGCUUCUAGAUUGCAUGCAUGUUUUCCUCCUGCUUUAAAUGCUGCCAGUGGACAUAGUAAAAAAACAAACCAACCAACAAAAAAACCCCAACUAUAUUCUAUACAGGAUUGACUGCUUGGCCCAGAGGAAAAGCUGCAUGUCCACUGUUGGAGCAGAACUGAUAGAAGUACUUGGUAGAAGUAGGUGGGGUUUCCAUUUGUUCUCUUCCCAGCAUCCCCUAAAUGUCUCUUUUUUACUUACUCUCAGGAUUUUGCGAAUGAUAGAAAGUGGCAAGAUACUGUAAAGAACUUGGACUCUCUGGAAAACACCUGUCAAAGAAACUUGACAGUUAGUUGGCUUUUUGCUUUGCAUGGUGUUUUGUUUUGUUUUCCCCAGGAGUGACUAGCUUUGCAGGGGUUUUAGAGCACUGACUGCAAGUGAGCAGGACAGCAAGUCCUAGGCAGGUUUUCUUUCAUUAAUUAAAAACAUACACAGCCUUGUCAAACUGUGGAAUGAAUUAAUGCUUUAUAAAAGACUUCACAGCCUGGUGGCUUGAACGCUCUAGGCUGCUUUUUAUGCUCUUCAUCUGCAGUCACUUACUUCUAAAUCUGGAAGGCUGUACGGAAAGCUGCUGCUUUAUUUAGGCUUUCUUUUCAGCUCUGGAAGCUGGCACCAGAAGUCAUGCAGGCAUAUCCUGUUGUGUACACUGGGCUGCGCAGUGCCCUGUUUUUCCAGUGUCGUCUUGUGGACAUUGAGCUGUUGAUCAGUUGGUGUUACAAUAGGUAUUACAGUGGGAUAAAAGUUAACAAACACAGCCAUCCUCAAGGUGGAUGUCGAAUCUGUGUAUUUACAACUAAGAACUCAAGUUAGUGUGCUCUUCAUCAGUGAGGAAGAAGGCAUGUGAGACCUACCAUAACUGCUAACUUUUUCUGCAACUGUCAGAUGAUUAUACUUGUUAAAGAAAAAGACUUUAGUGGUCAGAAAUUUACCAUAGACUAAAACUUUUCAAGAUAUUUUGCCUUUAAUUUCAUACUAGCCUGCAUACUUUGGAGUCUUUAAGGAAAUCACAGAAAAUGUCUUGCAUUCUCCAUGAUAAUAUUAGCUCACAACUAUCUUCUGCUCAUAACUGAGGUUUUAUGUGUAAUCAUACAGUUGCAUAAAUUGAUUUCCCUUCUACACAAAGGCUAUAUUGCAUUCUACUGCAAGAUGCAGUAUCCAGAAAGCAAAAGCUGAUCGCGGUUUCCUGGUCAAUGGUUCAUGUGACAUCAGAUGGCAUUUUUAGUUUGUAAAGAGACCCUGGCGUGGAGGCUGCUUCCCAGCAUUGGAAAGUGAAUUGCAAGGCCAGCAGAGGAGGAGGGGAUGUUCGUGUUUGGCCUGUGAAGCAGCAGUGGCACCUGUAGACUGAAGGAUCCUUUGUGUUACUAGUGUAUCCAAAUUCAUAACUCAGAGUUGGUCGUAUGAGAGAGCGGGACAGAAGCAAACCCUUUCUGUGUAGAUCUAAUGCUGCCCUAAGUAGCUUCAGCUGUCUAGUUGAAAUAACUCACUCUGAUGUUUGUUGCCUUGAAACUCAUUACCUCUUCUGUGGUUAGCCACAGGAAAAUUAAGGCAGGCUGCCAACAGGAUGCAGUACCCAACACAUGUAUAGAUAGUCCUUUCGUGUCCCUCAAGCAGGCUGGGGUUGGGAGCAUGUUGGCCUUUCCUGCUCUCCUGCCAGUGUAAGGCAGGGAGCCUUUGUGGUUCUGCUGAUUCCUCGAUUCCUCUCUUGAGUUGUUGCAGGCUGGCUGUGUUUGCUGGUGGAGGGCCAACUCACUUUGCACAGGCUUGGGUUUGUAUCUGCUCUGGGAAUGUUGUUUGUUUUAACUUUUCUAGCAGUUAAGUUAAACAUAGAAAAUUGACUCUGCCUUUUCAGUCCUAGGUCUGUUUUAUUGGUAGCUUCUCUUGUUUCCCCCUGCCCCUCCCCUGUGGUACUAAUGUACAUGGGGUUAGGCUGUGAUAUGUUGAAGCAUUCUGAUAUAAAAUAACUAACAGCUGUAUCAGCAGUGGGGAAGAGGGGAGACCACAUUGUGGACAAGAGCUGAACUUCUUCCAUCAGUUCUGUUGCUGGAGAGAUUGUGCACUGUGUGGUCCCAUACUGUGAACCUUUCCUUCUUACCCUCUUUUUCAGAGCUAAGCGUGCAAGCCGCAGGGCAGCGGGCAGCUGACAACUCCUUUCUUCUCUGCUCAGCUGUAAGGAAAGCAGUAACCUUACGCUCAUCAUCUUGCUAUCAAAAACAAACAGAGAGCCCUAGGUUAGUUAGCUUUUCAUUGCUUUUGUUAUGCUCAGUAACUUCUCUCGCAAGGAAGCAAAUGUUGCACUUGGCUGCUGCAAGUUUAUUUUUAAACUAUCAAGAAACAUGCCUCUCGAGCACAGUGUAAAUGGUUUCACCUGCUGGUGUAGUAGGACCAGGAGUGCUUAUGCUCUCACUUAAUUUUUUUUUUUUUUUUGAGGUUUUACUUAGAAAAAUAUUAAUCCCCUAACAGGGAAAGAAGAAUGUAAAAUUGAAAAUUUACAUUGAAAAUGGGAUUUUAUUUCUGUCUUGCAGUUCCUAGUAGUUUAUUCUGUUCCAAAAAGUUAGGAGCUUGUUUGUUUUGGUUUGUUUUUCUGGCACUAUGUGUUUUUUCUUUCAGUUUUCUUUUGCUUUGAUCUGUGACCAGGAGGCGGAGAAAAAAAGUUUUUAAGAAAUAUGUGUCCUUGCCUGUGGCUUUUCUCUCCCUUCAUUCCUCUCCCCUCUUUCCCCCUUCUUCCCAGCCCAAAUAAAAACAGUGCUGCAGCACACGCAUCAAUCAGCUGUGAGCGGUGGCUGAAAGCUGUUGAGCACCAACCAGGAUACAACAUCAUUCAUGUUGUUCCUCCAAACUCCAAAGGCUUUGUGUUUUGCUGGCCUGAGGAACGUGGCUGAAAACAUUAACCAAGUUAUGCCUGCAACAGCUUGUAGCAGUGAAGGUGUAAACUAGUUGGGCUCUAUUUAUAAAAAGCCUUUGUAACCGUUGCUUCUAGAUGUUAAAUCUGAAGUUCAAGUUGCUUUUGACAAGGUUGGAAAAAAAUGCCUUAAAUCUCUAUUUGCAAAAUAAGAUGUUGAAAUAUGAAGGACAAAGAAAAAAAAAAAUCCUUCAAAGGCUGUGGUUUGUGGCUUUGUAUGAGUGUUGCUUGGCCAUAAUUUGUGUGUUGUGUUGCAAGGACUGACAUGAGUUUGGAGGAGCAGAAGUGCAUGUAGACAGUGGAGGUCGUUCUGAGAAGAGAAUUAAACAGAGUUAACGUGUUUCAAGCUGUAGCUUCUUGCUGCUUGUGGAGAAGUUUCCUUUGCAUGUGCUUUUCAUCUAACAAUGCUUUGUUUUGACAUUUAAUGUCUAAUUCCAGCUAAUAGUCACAGUCACAACCCGUAUUCAGAAACAGAAGGCAAAAUGAGCACUGGCUUUUCCUGCCAGGUGCUGUUGAUACAUCUACUGUUGGCUUCCCGCUUGUGAUCCUUCAGAGGCCCAGAGAAGGAUUUCAGGUCUUCCUGAUGAUACAUGCUCUUAAGUCAAGCUGAUUGACCAGCUUCAACCUCACAGCAUUCCCUACUGACAUAAAAAGGGCAGAUAAAGACUGUGCCAAACAUUUCUGAGUGUACUCGUGUUGGUUUUUUUAGGCUUUGAAUUAAGGUCUGCAGUUUUUAAGUUUCUGACAUUCAUGGACUGAAGUAUGUUGUCUUUCCUGAUAAAUCAGAUAAGUUGACAACAUCAGUAUUAAAAGAACGUGCAUGUAUGGGCGUAAUAGCCUUGUAAAAUAUAGUUGUCUAUAAAAAGGCACCCAAAGGUACCAUUGUUCCUAAGUAGAUUUAAACAGCAGUUUUGCAUCAGCCUACUUUCCAGAGCUCACUAGAACUGCUGCCUUGCUAUUAACGGAGAAUAACAGCUCCCGUCUGUAAAGCACGUCUGUUGUUCGCUGCUGCAAACAGCUUGCAUUUCACAUGGUCCACUACUUUCAUAGAUACAUUUUUUAAAGACUACUGAAUUUAUAUACUCACCUGCACCAGCUUAUACCAGCUUCCACUUUCACUAGUGCUGUGGUUUGUACCAUUGCAGAAGCUGGCAGCUGUUUUUAGAAUGUGUUUUAAUAAACAAACCUCACCACUGAAGGGCCUGAUUUCUCAAAUACACUUUUUAGAAAACUUCCAUGUAAUUCUGUGCUUUGCUGUUUGAUAUACGUUUGGACUAUUGAAAACUUUUUCAUUAAGUGUACUUGAGUUCUUGAUGGCUAAGUGGAAAAAUUUCUUGAAAGCACUAGAAAGAAAAGGCAGCAUCCUCAAAAAUAAAAGUUUCAUCUCCAUGCAGGAGGUCUUUGAACACAGCUGUCCUGUAGCAGAGGGCACGACAUGCGGUUUGCAGCUUGUGCGGGCAGCUAAUGACAGCCAGAUCUGAGAAUGCACUCCUUUCCUCUGGGAGGAGCUGGGAUGCUGAAUCCCGGCUUUUUGAGUCUGUUCUUGACGGAGCACCGAGCUUGUUCGCAGGGAUUGAAGAGCAACAAGGGCUAAACUAAAAGCAUUUUUCUUUUGGGGGCAAGGUGUCACUUGGGCUGCAUUUUGUCAGGUACCAACUGCUGUGGAGAUGCAUAAAAUCUGGUGUUUGUGAUUUUUUUUUUUUUUUUUCCCUAAACCACAUGAAGAAAGAGAUAAGAUUUUUAGUAAAUGUCACUAGUUUCUUCUUGUUUAAUCCCUUUUUAGUCCAGUUAGUAAAAAAUAGGUAGUCCUGGAUUUCCAGAGGAGGAGGGGUAGCAGAGAUGCGCUUUAGAUGGGUGAAGUGCAAAGUCUCAGUCCCAUAAAGACUCAGUGUGCCUUGUCUAGCUGUUUCAAUAGAUUGAAUGCAGCCUCUCCUCUCCCCCACCCUUUCUGUUUAUUUAUUUUAACAGAAAUUAUUUUCUUUAAAUGGAACAGCUACUGUUUUAAAGGCAAAACAAAACUCAUGGUUUGAGUGCUAUAUUGGCCAUCUACAUUGUUGGAAAUACCGGCAGUCACAUGUUUGGAGUUGAUCUGAACACGUUUGACGACCGGCUGUUGAGGUCUGUUGGUUGACAUUCCGCAAAGAGAGUCUUGCUGAGGUUUUCUCUGUCCGAGCCUGAGGUCUUACUGCAGUUUGGUUUUACUCUGCUAUCUGCUCCUGAACCGGCGAGGUUAAUGGAUACCCUUUCUGUGAUGAUGUACAGGAUGACUUUUAUUCCAGUCUCCUCUUGUCUGUGAGAUGCUUAGUGUCUGUCCACUCCCAAUAAAUAUAGCCAUAUGUAUAUACACACACACGUGUUUUUAAUCGGAGAAUGUGGCACUUGACAUCAGUGCCUCAACUUGCCUCAGUUUUAUCUUCUGUUGUUUUACAUGGGUAUACUACGAGUGAGUGCAGAAGUUUGGGAUUUGGUCACUGUCUUUAAUUACUGUGAGUGUCUGCAGUACAGAGGAAAGUAAUUUUGUAACUGCUUGUUAAACGGUGCUGAGACUUUAAGGUAUAGAAGGAUAGAUAUUAAAAGUACAUGGAGCAGGGGGACGAGGUGCUAUUUUAUAGAACAAAUUUAUAUGAAGAACAUCUGGGUAAAAUUCAGAGAUGUGGUGCCUCGUCAGAGACACGAGACUAUAGGAUAGAUGAUUUUUAAAAAUAAGGCUAUUUCCUCUAAUUGGUGAACUUACACUUUCAAAAUUAUGACUUUGCCUGUCAGUUUUUAUGGUCAUCGCUUUCUUCUUCAAUGAUGGUGACUUCAUGUGGGAGGAGGGAGAGGAUUGAUUUGGAAGAUUUCAGCUCACCAUGCUGGGAGGGACCAAACUCAAGGAAACCUCUGAUCUAUAUACACAACUGCUGCAUUUUUUUAUAAAUAUAUGUAAAUGUCCUAUUGUAAUAUUUGAUCUUGGAAAUAAAACAAACGGUUUUCAGUA